UGCGAGAGGUGCUGUGAGCGGCGUGGCGCGGUGGUGGCGGUGAGGCGAGUGGUGAGGAUUGGGUUUGAGGGAAUCGAAAGGCCUGUUUCGGCUCGGUUUUGUCACUUGGGAGUUUCUGGAGAAGAGUGGUCUUAUCCAGCUUAAUAGCGAAGUGUUGGGAGACCAGAAAGCCGUCCUUCCGAAAUGGCUAUCCCUCGCUUGGCGGCUAGGCUCCUAUGGACCCGAACCAGACAGAUCUCCGCGCUGCCGGCAGUAGCUGCGUUGCGAGUUCAGCGUCCGGUCACGUUUCCACAGGUGCUGUUCGCCCAGCAGCGCCACUGCUCGUCCGGCAAGAAGCCGCCCACGCCUCGAGGCCAGCCGUCCUCGUCCUCGUCGUCCUCGUCGUCCUCGUCGAGCGACUCGGACUCCUCUGAUGAGGAGGUGGACGGCAGGAAGCCCUAUGGGAAGCGGGGCUCGUCGGCGAUCUGGCAGAAGAAGAUGCGGACCUACCACCGGGUGAUGGACGUCAACAAGGACGGCACGGUCAGCUGGGACGACUUCCAGGACAUGGCGCGCAAGUUCGCCGAGCUGGGCCACCUGUCGGAGCAGCAGCAGGCCGAGUUCGUCGCGCAGCUUAAGUUUGUGUGGGAGAAUAACUGGGGCGCCUCGGGUGACCCGUACUGCUUUAUCACGGAGGAGGCGCUGCUCACAUCCAUGGAGCACGUGGUCAACACGCGCGACCUCAGCAAGAAGACGGACCAUUUCCUACCCUACCUGUUCAAGGCGGUCGACUACAAUGCCAGCGGCGACAUCUCCGUGGACGAGUACAAACUGCUCUUCAAGUGUCUGGGCUUGACAGAGGAGGACGCCGUCGUGUCGUUCAACUCGAUCGACGUCAACGGGGACGGCACCAUCACGCUGGACGAGUUCGUGGCGCACGGCAAAGACUUCUUCCUGACUGAGGACGAAACGCGGCCUUCUAAGUUCUUCUGGGGCCCGCUGACCCAGUAGCCGUCUGGCGGUGCGGUGCCGAACCCGAGGUUGCGACCGGCGCCGCCAGGGUCGCUCGUGGCAGGGAUUGUAGUGGAGCAGGUAUGGAGUGCUCGACUGCUUGUGACUUGCUGUAACUGCAGUCCGAUUGAGCAUCUUGUGAAGGCUGGGGCUGGUCACAGAUGUGGUGGAAACAAUGUUAUCCAACGGUUCAACCGUGCUCUGAUAUGCGAUAUGUUGGCGCUGGUAUGCUCACGUCGGUAUUGAUUUUCGGCUUACUGUCGCCACGUGGAUAAUCGGCCGGCCGGCUGGCUACGUUUUGGAAAUACCCGUGCCUUGUCGCACUUAAGUUGGCUUGGCAUUGCGUGAUCCAUGUGUGCCGACAGGCUCCCGGUGUUGCGUCAGACUGUCCGGCGAGCGUAUCCGUGAGCCAGUCGCUGAGGUGAGGGCGUUAGGCCGGCGGCCGUCCCCGCCGCGCUAAAGGGGGCCGCCGCCCAUGCUUCUUUGUACUGGCGUGGGCUGCCGUAGCACGGAUGGGGUGUGUCAGAGUGGGUGUAGAAAUAAAUAAUUUCGCAUAA